UUUCGUUUUCCCUAUUGAGACGUGGCCCGCGUUGUCCGACAGCUGUGGGGUUGAAAGAUCAACUACCCGGAAAAUCAGCACAGCCAACCAAGGCGCCACUAUGCGGCAAACCGAACGAGUCCCAUAAGGCACAAAAAGAAAAAUGCUGUCAGUCUUCUUCAAGUCCGUCGUCAUUGUUCUCUUGACAAGCCGCCUCGGCGGCUGUUCGGCGGCGGACGUGCCAGACUUUGCGGCCCACUUUGGCUCCAAGACACGCUACGAGGACGCCGCCCUGUAUCGGAGGCGGCUGGCCGACACCUGGGCCGACAUUCGCACGGACCCGGGACCACUCCUGAGGACCCCGAGCGGAGAGCGCUGCUCCCCGGCGCACCUGACAGCGGUCGUGCGCCACGGCAGCCGCUACCCGACCGCUAAGAACAUCCGCGCCAUCCGCGAGCUCAGCGAACUGCUGCGACGAUCUGAAGGCGAAGCCCAAGAAGGUGAACACGGCGAAGGCAGCGCCGCCCGGAGGCGGGACGUCUUGCGCCGCUGGGACAUGUGGUACACCGACGACAUGGAUGGUCAGCUGGUGGCCAAAGGCCGGGAGGACCUGCGGCAGCUGGCGAUGCGUCUGUCCACGUUGUUUCCGUCUUUGUUGGGGCGGGAGUCGUUGCGUGGGGGGCGCGUCAGCGUGUUGACCAGCUCCAAGCACCGAUGCGUGAGCAGCGCCGAGGCAUUCCAGGAAGGACUUCAUCUCAGAGCCAACAUGACACCGGUAAACUAUCGCCACCGAGUGGAUGACGGGCUGCUGCGCGCCUAUGACGGUUGCCGUGGUUACGUGGAGGGCGUGGAGAUGAACCGCACGGCGCUGGCCGAGGUCCACAAGUUCACGCGCGGCCCGGAGAUGGCGGCGCUGAGGAAGAAAGUGGCCGACAGACUGGGACUUCCUCUCCGCGACUUCACGCCAGAACUUCUGGAGGCGGCGUUCUACCUUUGCUCGUACGAGCUGGCCAUCAAGUCGCUGCACUCGCCCUGGUGCUUCCUGUUUGAGCCCCGUGACGCCGAGGUUCUGGAGUACAAGUGUGACCUGAAGUUGUUCUGGAAGCGGGCGCACGGCCACACCAUCAACCUGCUGGCCAGCUGCCCGCUUUUCCACCACAUCUUCAGGACCCUCGACAAGGCCGGACGGCCGCGCAGGGCCACCGACACCCCCCCGGAUCCGGCCUCCUUCCUGAUCGGGCACGCCGAGACGCUCCUCCCUCUCCUCGGACUGCUGGGCCUCUACAAGGACAAGACUCCGCCCACUGCAGCCAACUACCGCUCGCAGCAUGGCCGACAGUUCCGUUCGAGCCUGAUGGUGCCGUACGCAGCCAACGUGGUCUUGGCUCUGCUGGAUUGCGCGCGAGGCCCCCGCCUGCAGCUGCUGGUGAACGAGACCCCUGUCCGAUUCCCGGCCCUGCCAGACGAGGAUGCGCCGCUGUAUCGCGACGUGCGGGCGGCAUACCGCCACCUGCUGGACGGAUGUGACUAUCAAAAGGCCUGCAGCGGCGGCGCUGCCGGCGGGCGCAAACCCAACACCGAGCUAUAAAAGGUCCGCCGCGACCACGUGGAGAAAGGUGCUUGAGCGAUGGCGCUGACAGACCGGCUGACAGGUUUUGUGCCUAUGUUUCUUUUGUGAUUGAUUGAUUGAUUGAUAUAACUUUAUUUAUCCCACAGUGGGGAAAAGUUCUUGUCACAGCAGUAGUCCCUGUAUGUCACUCCUGUCACAGUUUUAAUGCUCUCCAUGCGUCCCAAAAAAAGGGGGGGGGGGGGGCCUUGGGAAAGCCAAAUAACUGAGCUGCAAUGACAGUGAAUUUCCACGUGGGAGAGGCAUUUGUGAGUACUUUGUAUGAUGACGUUACUUUUGAGUAUGCACUGUCUAAAUCCUCGACCUUCCGGCUAAGCCCGGCUACAUGGCCCCUCGGCUAAAGUCGAUUAGCCAUAGCUCAUGACGGAUUUGACCAAACUAGCGGGAUAUAAUCGACGUUCCGUAAAAUUCCUUUUACUGUGCCCAACAACAGCCUAUUCAAGCUUAAAUAUACGAUGACAUUCUUUAUUUUACGAUUUAA